AUGGUGGAUUAUUAUAAUUACAAGAUGUCAGGCAGCGAGGACGAGCCGGAGCCCCUCACGCAAUCGGGGAUGUCCAAGGCGGAGCUACGGAGGAGCAACAAGCCGAUCAUGGAGAAACGGAGGCGUGCUCGGAUAAAUCAGUGCCUGGACGAGCUGAAGAGCUUGAUCCUCGAGGCGAUGAAAAAAGACCCAACUAGGCAUUCGAAGCUCGAGAAGGCCGAUAUCCUCGAGAUGACGGUGAAGCAUUUACAAGCGGUACAACGUCAGCAAGUGAGCACGGCGGUCGCUACCGAUCCGGCGGUGUUAACGAAAUUCCGUACCGGAUUUUCUGAAUGUGCUACCGAAGUAUCGCGGUACGUCAGCCACCUCGAGAACGUCGAUCCUGUUGUGAAACAACGACUGGUAUCACACUUGAACAAUUGCGUUAGCAAUCUCCAGCAAAUGGCGCCAUUCUACAGCCACUACGUGCCCUACAUGCCGGAGCGCCUCUAUCCGGAGGUGAAGGUCGGUUUCCAGAGCGAUUUCCAGAAUGGCGACGAGAAUAAUAAUGGAAGUGCCAGGAUACAGAUACCAAACGGCGUUCAGUUGAUACCGAGCAGACUGCCCACGGGGGAGCUAGCUCUUUUGGUGCCCCAGUCGGCGGCCAUCUCCGCGAACUUCCCAUUCUUUCCGCCAGUCCCGGAGUCCAGCUCGAAAAUCAGUCGCUCGUCCGCGUUCACCGCCGUUCACAGGCCCCAGAGCCCGUUGUUGAGCCCGACCACGUCCACGUCCAGUUUCGGCGAGGAGAGCCAUCAGUCGGAAAACUAUCCUCAGGCCCCAUCGCCUGUUCAUCAGCAACGUCGGUUCAAAUUGCCGGAACAGAGUCCAGCCUCCUCCAAGAGUUUCUCCUCGUCGCCGGAAACGCAGAAGCCGCAAAUCAGCUCGACCAGCGACAGCAAGUCACCGAUAUUCAUAGAUUCCAAGUCGGAUGGGGCUUACUCGCUCAAGAAGGACAACACGGACACGUCGGAGCACGCGAAUAACAACGGAAUGGCGCUGAAUUUGCGACAACCGCUUUCCGUUAUUACCGACAAGGCUUAUAAUCGGUCUGGUUUGUUGGCGGGCAAAAGGGAAGGCAUAAAGAGGCACCAUUCGGGCGGACUUUUGGUAAUCUCGGAUAAAAGACCGAGGUACCAGGAGCCGAUCACCUCCACGGUGCCCGUAGAUUCUUCUAACGGCCCCGUAAAGUCCGACGAAGAUCAAGCAGUUUCCGGAGAGGAUUUGUCGGGAACAGCAACUUGCUCGACUAAUAGAAAUUCUAAUCCUAAUCCUAUGAAAUUUGUAGCGAUAGCCGGCCCUUCGGGCGCAAACGGCGAUAUGUGGCGACCUUGGUGAUUAAGGGAGAACGUUUCUACCGUUUUGUUUAAGUUGAGGAUGACGCAAGGAGGAUCCUAGAUUGCUUAGUACAAAUAAGUAUUCAUUAAGUCGGAUAGUAUCUUACACGAGGUA